UCCGUUUCCACCACAUCGUUAGAUGUUGAAUUUUAUUUAAAUUAAUUUACAAUUUUUCUUAAAUAAAACCAUGGCUGAUAGUGAAACGCAAAACGGUCCUGGUGAUCAGCCGCAAGAGAAAUCAGCAAAACAGUUAGAGAAAGAGGCCAAGAAAGCUGCAAAAUUGGAAAAACUUAAAGCCAAGUUGGACAAGAAAAGUUCAGCGCCAGCUGUUCAGAAAGAUAAGCCCGAGAAAAAAGCUAAAGAAACAAAAGAGAGUGCAGUUUAUUCUGCUAAUACAGCUCCGGGAGAUAAAAAAGAUAUAAAUGGACCAAUGCCGGAUGCUUACAGUCCUCAGUAUGUUGAAGCUGCAUGGUAUGCAUGGUGGGAGAAACAGGGAUUCUUUAAGCCUGAAUAUGGGAGAAAAUCUGUACUGGAGCCUAAUCCCAAAGGCAAAUUUGUGAUGGUCAUUCCACCUCCUAAUGUAACUGGUACUCUUCAUCUUGGACAUGCAUUAACUAAUGCCGUUGAAGACGCUAUCACCAGGUGGCAUAGAAUGAAUGGAAGAACAACCCUAUGGAAUCCGGGCUGUGACCACGCUGGUAUUGCAACACAAGUGGUGGUAGAGAAGAAAGUUUGGAGAGAAGAGAAGAAGACGAGACAUGAUCUAGGGAGAGAUGAGUUUAUUAAACGAGUUUGGGACUGGAAGAAUGAAAAAGGUGAUCGAAUCUAUUCCCAGCUUCGGUCUUUGGGUUCAUCAUUUGAUUGGUCCCGAGUGAGAUUUACGAUGGAUCCGUCGAUGUGUCGUGCGGUGAAUGAGGCGUUUAUACGACUUCAUGACGCGGGCGACAUCUACCGAGCGAAUAGAUUGGUCAACUGGUCGUGUGCGCUGAAGAGUGCUAUAUCUGAUAUUGAAGUAGAUAAAGUGGAACUUACAGGAAGAACUAUGCUCAGUAUACCGGGAUAUGAUCAAAAAGUGGAGUUUGGAGUGCUAGUGUUGUUUGCAUACAAAGCAGAGGAUUCUGGUGAAGAGGUGGUAGUUGCUACGACUCGUGUGGAAACAAUGUUGGGAGAUGUUGCAGUAGCAGUUCAUCCGGAAGAUGCUAGGUACAAACAUUUAAUUGGCAAGAAUUUGGUGCAUCCGAUAGUGAAUAGGAAACUACCUGUGAUUGCAGAUGAAUAUGUGGAUAUGAACUUUGGAACUGGUGCUGUUAAAAUAACUCCUGCACAUGAUCCUAAUGAUUACGAGAUUGGUAAGCGACACGACUUGCCUUUCAUCACUGUCUUUGAUGAUGAAGGAGUGAUGCUGGAUAACUGUGGACCAUUUGCUGGCAAGCGUCGCUUCCACGUGCGGCGGGAGAUCAUCAAGACAUUGGAAGGGUUGAAGUUGUACAAGGAGACGAAGGAGCACGCGAUGGUGGUGCCGCUCUGCAGCAGAUCCAAGGAUGUUGUGGAGCCCAUGCUGAAGCCACAAUGGUACAUAAAAUGUGACACAAUGGCAGCGGACGCUAUCAAGGCUGUGAAGGAUGGCGAGCUGAAGAUAAUACCUGAUGCGCACGAGAAGACCUGGUACCACUGGAUGGAGAACAUCCGCGACUGGUGCAUCUCGCGACAGCUCUGGUGGGGACACCGCAUUCCUGCCUACAGGGUCACAUUGCCUCAGAGGCAGGGCGAAGUGCGGGUGGGCGGGGCGGCGCGGCGCAGACGCACGCGCUCCGGACGCAAGAAGAGGGGCCGCGCGCGCCCACCUCCGCCCCACACUGCACUUAAGCAAGAAGAACUAUGGGUGUCAGCACAUACAGAGGAAGAGGCGCUGGAAAAAGCCUCAGUCAAAUUCCAAGUGGGUAAAGAACUGAUCUCACUGAAAAGAGAUGAAGAUGUUCUUGAUACCUGGUUCUCUUCCGGUCUCUUCCCCUUCUCCAUAUUCGGAUGGCCAGACCAGACUGAAGAUUUGCAGGCAUUUUAUCCAGGUACACUGUUGGAGACGGGACAUGAUAUCCUAUUCUUCUGGGUGGCAAGAAUGGUCUUCUUUGGUCAACGGCUGAUGGGGAAAUUACCAUUCAAAGAGAUCUACCUCCACCCAAUGGUGCGUGACGCUCACGGACGUAAAAUGUCCAAGUCGCUGGGGAAUGUAAUAGACCCGGUGGAUGUGGUGCGAGGUGUGACGCUGCAGCAGCUGCACGAUCAGCUGCAGGACUCCAACCUGGACCCCAAGGAGAUAGAGAAGGCCAAGCUCGGACAGAAGCAGGACUACCCUAAUGGGAUACCUGAAUGCGGUACUGAUGCCUUGAGGUUCGCUCUAUGCGCGAUGACGCAAGGUCGUGACCUGAACCUGGACAUCCUGCGCGUGCAGGGCUACCGCUUCUUCUGCAACAAACUCUGGAAUGCCACCAAGUUCGCGCUCAUGUACUUCCCCAAUGAAACCAAGUAUAACGUACACUCGAGUAGUCUCCCCGCUCUAUCAGCAAUGGACCGCUGGAUGUUGUCGCGGCUGGCGCUGGCCGUGCAGAAGGUGAACGCUGGCUUCCAGCAGUACGACUUCCCUGCAGCCACCACGCACUGUUACAACCUCUGGCUGUAUGACCUAUGUGACGUCUACUUGGAAUAUCUGAAGCCUGUGUUCGCGACAGGGUCUGAAGAUGAGAAGGCGGGAGCACGGCAGACUCUGUACACGACGUUGGAGUACGGAUUGAAGCUGCUCAGCCCGUUCAUGCCGUUUGUCACCGAGGAGUUGUACCAGCGGCUGCCCAGAGCUGAUACAUCCUGCCCUUCUAUAUGUGUAGCUAGUUAUCCUAUGGAGGCAGACACACCAUGGCGAUCGGAAGAAUUAGAAUCAGAUGUGGAUACAGUACUGAAGAUGGUACAUCUCAUUCGGUCAACUCGGUCUGAGUACAACCUGACCAACAAACAGAAGACCACGGCCCACGUCAUCAUCUCACCAGAGCUGAAUGUAGAACAUCUAAAGGCGCUGAUGAGGAGUCUACAGUCAUUAGCUAACAGUGAACUGAGCGAUGAACAGCCACCUACAGGAUGUUCCAUACUUACUGUCUCUGAUAAAAUUGAAGUGCAUCUGGUGCUCAAGGGUCUGAUAGAUCCUCAGAAAGAGAUUGCAAAGCUUGAAAAGAAGAAGGAAUCGUUGUCACAAACUAUUAGCAAGCUCCAACAAGCUAUGGCGGCAGAUGACUACUCUGUUAAAGUACCCGCAGAAGUACAGAAGACGAACACUGAAAAACUCUCCCAGUCACAGGGAGAAUUAGAAAAAUUAGAUAAAGCUAUGGCAACACUCAAACUAAUGUAAUACAGAUUAUGUCAUAUAAGAAUUUAAAUGUCAGUUACUUAUUUGUAUAACUUGAUUGUCUUGUGGAUUAAUUAAUAAAGUAAUAAUGCAUUUUGUAAUAACUAAGUAUUCUAAUGUGUUCAUUUCUCAUGGAACAUCACAAUAAUUUAUUUGUUGCGUUGAUUCAUCCGAAUAUUUAAUUUUGUUUUUUAUCGUGGUAUGGCGAUUGUAAUCUAAAUAAGAAUCUAAUUAUCUGUAAAUAUUGCAGUGAGCAGUUUAAAUGAAUAUAUCAUGUCCAAUAUGAUGUAAAUUUGACAAGCCCUUCAUUAUUUAUGUUUUUUAAUAAAAUGUUUUAGUCAA